AUGGCCAUAGGGAAAUGGAACCCCUUUGGUCAGACUCAGUCCUCCUCCCCCGCCCCACCCGUGGUCGCCGCCCGUCCCCCCGUCAUAUCCGCCGCAGAUGCAAAGCAGUUUGGUCUCGAGAAUUUUGGCAACACCUGUUAUGCCAACUCUGUCCUGCAGGCCCUCUAUUUCUGCGGGCCGUUCCGCGAGCUGCUCGUCCAAUACCCCGACCCUUCCGCACCCGAUGUCCCCCCGCUACCGUCCCCAUCCGCGCGCGCACCCACCUCCAUCCCCUCCAGUCCUGCGCUCGUCCCGCGGCGCAGGCCAGAACGCAAAGCCUCCGUGUCCGAGUCGUCGCCGUUGCAGAGCUCAGCGCCGAGCGCGAGCCUGCUGGGCCCACCGCCGGCGAUCCCAUCACAGCCGCCGACGCUGCUGUCCGCACUGCGGUCGCUGUUCGUGCAUAUCAGCCGCCAUCCGGCAGAGCGCGGGUCGGUGGCGCCGCGCGCAUUCAUCGACAAGCUCAAGGAGCUGAACGAGCUGUUCCGGGGCUCGAUGCACCAGGACGCGCACGAGUUUCUGAAUUUCCUGCUGAACAAGAUCGUCGAGGAGAUGGAGGACGACCGGAGGCACGGGUACCGUGGGCUAGCGGACGGCAACGGCAACGGCAACGGGCAUGCGCAUGCGCAUGUAAAUGGCGGGAGUGCCUCCGCCGAAGACAUGUCCGCAUCAAUAGCCACGAUGUCGUCGAUCGCCGCGGGUGUGGCCAGCGCGUCGGUGUCGACGACGCAGCCGACGGCGGUGCAGGCAACGAUCGUGCACCGGCUGUUCGAGGGCGUGCUGACGAGCGAGACGCGUUGCCUUACGUGCGAGACGGUGUCCUCUCGGGACGAGAGCUUCCUGGAUCUCUCGAUCGACAUCGAGCAGAACUCGAGCGUGACGGCGUGCCUGCGGCAGUUCAGCGCGAGCGAGAUGCUGUGCCAGAAGAACAAGUUCUUCUGCGACUCGUGCUGCGAUCUGCAGGAGGCGGAGAAACGGAUGAAAAUCAAGAAGCUGCCGAAUAUACUGGCGCUGCAUCUGAAGCGGUUCAAGUACCAGGAGGAUGUGGGCAAGUAUAUCAAGCUUGCGUACCGCGUGGCGUUCCCGUUCCAGCUGCGCCUCUUCAACACCGUGGACGACGCCGAGAAUCCUGAUCGGCUGUACGAGCUGUUCGCGAUCGUCGUGCACAUCGGAAACGGUCCCCAUCACGGCCACUACGUCACGAUCAUCAAGGCGCGGGGGACGUGGCUGCUCUUUGAUGAUGACAGCGUCGAUACCAUCAAGGAGUCCGACAUCCCAAAGUACUAUGGCGAGUCUACGAAUGGCUCGGCGUACGUCCUUUAUUAUCAGGCGGUUGAUCUGGACAUGGCUGCCCUCGGACUGCGUCCGCGUGAAGCCACUCCUUCCGCGGCCGAUAUAGGCUCGUCGCCCACUGCGAAGCCUGCGGACGUGAUCGCGACCACGACGACGGACAGCAGCGAGCGGGACCCCUGCUCACCGGCGCUGCCGCCAGGCCUGUCGGAAGAGCCGGACUCCUCGGACAAGAGCGACUCGCCUCUCCUUUCCACCCCUGCGUCGCAACCGAUCCCCCUGCUGCCGAAUCGGCCACCCAAGUCGCCUUCUCCCACACCGCAGAGCAACGGAUCGGCGGGAUCGUCGCAGACCCAGCCGCUGGCCGAGUCGCCGGCACCCUCGAGCACGCUCGGCGGGCUGUUCAACACCCUGCGGCAUACGUCGUCCAUGCGCGCGCGGGGCGAGAACCGGAGGAGCGUGCUCGACCCGUCGGUCCCGCCCGUGCCGUCGCUGCCGUCGCCGUCGAAGGCCAAGGCGUCGCACAGGCCAGGGACCGCGCAGUCCGCAGUGUCCGUGGCAGGCGGGCCGCACGACGCACCGCCGGAGCCGGCGUCCCCGUCGGGCCCCGCGAAGGAGAAGACGCCGGAGAAGAAGACGAGCAUGUGGCUCAGGAUGAAAAGCUCGCGGCUGGAGGCGUCGUUCAGCGGCACGUCGUCCGCGUCGUCCGCGGCGCCGAGGGAGGAGGUCGCUUGGCCGCGCUCGCAGACGGUCAAGGGCAGCGCGGGGGCGGGGCGAAGAGCAUCUCAUGUGGACGUGCCGUCCGCGUUUGCUGCGUCGCCGCCGCUGGCCGCCGCGAUGUCCGUCCCGUCGUCCCCCGUGCAGCCGAGGCUCGUCCAUCCGGAGCACAAGAAGUCGACGCCAGAGCUCACGCCGAAGGGCAAGAGCGGGAUGACGAGCAUUGGGCGGGCAUCGUCGGCGCUGGCGCGGCUCCCGAAGCGGCCGUCGACCGCGGGCGCGACGCCGGUGGCGUCGUCGUCGUCCUGGUCACGCCCCAACUCGAGCGUUGUGCCGCCGUUGCCUACGCUGCCUGGCUCGCCGCCGUUGCGGCAGGCCGCUGCCGACGAGGCCGCAGAACGCGCGACGCCGCACAGCGAUGCGCCGCCGAGCUCGGCGUCCACGAGUCGAGUGGACGACUUUGGGAUGCGUAGGCCGCUCGUGCCGCAACGGCCGAGCACGGCGAUACCCAUGCCGGGCGCUGUCGGGAUGUCGGCGUCGUAUUCGACGUCGAGUGCGGCGAGCUCGAACGUGGCGGACCGGACGGUGCUGUCUGGGAGCACGAAGAAGCGGGCGACGCGCAAGCUGAGCUUCACGGCGCCGAUGCUGGGCUUUGGGCGGAAGGACCGGCAGAAAGAGCGGGAGACGCCGCCCAGCGCGUUCCCGCUGAGCCAGUGACGUGCAAAGAGCAUGAUGGCUGGGGCUGCGACGGACAUGGACCGUGCUUGUACGUGUGCGCACGCACGCGCUAGAUCUCUUGUGCAGCUUGAGUUCUUCAUAUGAUUAUCGCCUUCAUACUUGUACUCAUCUUGUGUUUUUUUGUAAUGCUGCUUCGCUUUCGGCGGUAACGUUUAUUCGAGCGUGGGCGGAGGCGAGUCGCGUUGGAUGCAUAGGUCGCACCCCCUCAUUCAGCGCAUAUCUACAGCACGAUGUAUAUAUAACCCACUGCAUAAGUAACAUGAGUAAUGUAAUGUGUAGUAG